AUGUUUGGAAGAGAGGCACGCUACCCCUCACAAAUUCCAGAACACUUCAAGGUAGACAGCAGCGUUGAGGAUGUCAUAGCCGAAGAAGCUCUGAGGGAGGACAUGGAUCACCUCGACAGCAUUAGAGACAUAUUCUAUUCCAAUGUUGAGAAGCAGCAGGAUAGAACCCGGCGCAGACAACAGCCUGGUUUUCCCAAACAAAGUUUGAAAGUUGGUGACCAGGUAUGGAGGCAGAAUGUCCGUAGCCAGCAGAGGAAGGGUGGGAAGAUGGAGCCCAACUUCCUUGGGCCUUUCACCAUAACAGCACUGCAAGGGAAAAAUGCAGAUCUGCAAGCGGAAAAUGCACCUUCGCCUGCACCUUCUCCAUCACAAUGUCAUGCACCUUCUCCAGCACCUUCGCCUGCAUCUUCUCCAGAACCUGAACCUGCACUGACUCCCGUAGCUUCACCAGCACCAUGUCAUGCACCUUCUCCAGCACCUUCGCCUGCAUCUUCUCCAUCACCAUCUCAUGCACCUUCUCCAGCACCUUUGCCUGCACCCUCUCCAGAACCUGAACCUGCACCGACUCCCGUAGCUUCACCAGCACCAUGUCAUGCACCUUCUCCAGCACCUUUGCCUCCAUUGUCUCCAGGACCUGAACCUGCCCCGACUCCCGUAGCUUCACCAGCACCAUGUCAUGCACCUUCUCCAGAACCUGAACCUGCACCAGCUACCGUAGCUUCUCCAGCACCAACAGUGACGGCAAAAACCAAGAAAAGAUUAAUACAAAAAUAUGUGCGUGAGGCCUGGGAAGGAAAGGAGUGUCAUGUGCUUCUCUCAAAGAUUGGACCAUAUAAACUUUACUUUUGGGACAUUAAGAGGAUUGGUCCUAACCAGGAGCUCGAGAGUGAGGUGAUCAAUGCCUACCUCACUCUGAUUGUCAAGAGGUACAAUCAGCACAAGGCUGAUAAAGCUGCAGUUAUUGACAGUUUUGCCAUGACUGCAAUCUGGCAGCAGAAAAAGUGGCGACUCAGGAUAGAUCCAAUGGCAUACCAAAUACUGGUGGGAAUACAAAACGAGCACCAUCACUGGAUGUUGACGGUCAUCUACCUACAUGAAAGGAGAGCCGUUUUUGUUGAUCCAAUGGGAGAAACUGAGACGAAGACUAAAAGGGGCCUGGAUACAACAAGGGCAUUUAUGAGGACUAAAGGCUGCAAUGUUUCACGGUGGACAUGCAGCACUCUCACUCAUGAACGUCAAAAGGAUAGCACAUCCUGUGGUGCCUUAGCCUUAAAAUUUGCAGAGAAAAUCUUGAAUGGAGGUGAGCUGAACAUCAAGACGACACAAUCAGCUGUCAACAAGUUGAGGCUCGAUAUAGCCACAUCACUCCUUCAACAAUCAGAUGAUCUCAGCAACCUGUGUCAUUGUUGUGGGUCUGAAGAUUCUUAAUCUUUUUCUAGCGAGAAAGGUAAAAAGAGGGAGUGUUUGGAAACAUUGCUUAAUCUUUACUCUAUUUGGUUGUUCCCAUUGAGAUCUAUUGAUGCACGGCCUUCAACAGAAUUCAUAUCAUGUUUGCACUUUGGAACUGGUUUACACUGACUAUGAAAGAAUGAAUUUGCUGUGUUGUGUUGAAUUUUGUCAGGUAUGUUCUCUGGUUAUUGCAUAAAAAGUUUAAAACCAUGGUAUGCGCCAUAUUUUUUACACACAGGAUGUAAGAUUUGCCUCCAACUCUCUGGAGCGUUUGGAAAACAUUGGAAUCCUUCCAUGCAUCUUAAUAGGUUUUAAGGGCCUCAAAGGUGUUCACAGUGUAAGCGGUGAUGAAAGCCAGAUUUUCAGCAUUUUCAAUCAGCAGCCAUAUUCUUGUCGUUGGGCUUGCUGUAUCUAGUCAGUACUACAGAGUUCAAAAUGUUCAAAAUAUGGUGAUUUGAGGGACAAAUGAAUAAUUGUGAGGGACAAAUGAUCGAUUGUGUUUCAGAAUAUUAAGAUCAUAUUUGAUGUAAUAUUAUCAACAAUAACGCAGUUGUUGAUAUGCUAUAAAGGAUGUCUUGAAUUUGAAUAGGGAGCUGAAAACACUCAAUAAUUGGUUAAGGUGUGUAACCAUUAAAAUACGUUUUCAAAAUGAUUUAAUUUGAAUAUUCCCUUUAUUUACAUGUGAAGAACACGUUCUAUCCUGUUAUCACAAUUUUCCCACCUUUCCUAUUUUUUUUUAUAUUCAGCAUGAUCCCUCUGUUGUUAAAAUGUACAGCAUAUUGUCAGUGAAAUAUGCAGAAGGUCACUGAUACCCUGUACCAACUGUGACACAUCAGAGUUAACGUUGGUUUGCUUUUACAGACAAUUAUUAAUCAAGUAACACAUAAUAUUGUAAGCAUAUUUUUAUCAUGGUCGAAAUUAAGCCACAUACCAAAAUCUACUACUUCUACAGUACUAGUACUUCUAAUUUCAAUCUGGAUUUGAAACGUUGUAAUACGUGGGUUAAGCACACACCGCACACAUACAGUACAAGAUUAUACAGUUUUUCUUUGACAUUGUUUAAAAUGACAUGGUUAUGUUAGAGACAGGUAUUAAACAUUUAUGAACUGCAGUCAAAGUUAUAAGGGACAUUUUAACAUCAUCAAUUGUAAUAAGUAAAUGUCAAAUUGUAAAAGCAGAAGUUAUCCAAGUUUAAUAAUGACACGAUCAAAUAAUAAAACAGUCUUUGAACACUCUAUUAAAUUUAAUGAAACAUGAGGGGCGGGGUGGAGGGGGGGGGGUAAUGGAAAGAAGUUAGUUUUUACUUUCUUUUAGAUUUAACCAUCAUUAUUCAACUUACUUGUGUGGUUUUGUGUGACGGGGAUGUCCUUUCUGUGUGGGAUAAACUUGAAAGAGUGAAUUUCUAAUGUGUGAGUGUGGCAAGAACAGGGACAACAACCAUAGUGAGUUUGAUGGAUGUGUGACCUUCCUGGCCAGAAAUAGACAGGCGGGACAGUUUUGGUCAGCACUUGACCUGAAAUGGGCCUCCCUCUUAAAACAGGUUCUGUUUCAGCCAGCAAGAAAUUUUUUUCAGUGUACAACGGUGGACGUAGUAUGAGUAACUGUAGCAAGUUUGA